UCUCCAUUGGACUGUGUAGACGUUAGCAGCUGGCCGUACUCGUGCCGUUUAUAAAGCCGAGAAAUUUCGUGAUUUCAAUUCAGAUUGCAACCAACGACCUGCGACAAUGUCCAUAAAGCUGAAAGCGAACCUCAACAAUCCGCCGAUAAGUGGCCUGGCGACGGCGCACCUCAUCAAUGCCACCGUGCCCGUGGAGAUUGUGUGGAGCAAGGAGGAGACCUCGCUGCAGUUCCCCGAUAAUCGCCUCCUGGUCUGCCACUCCAACAACGAUGUGCUCCGUGCCCUGGCCCGCGCGGCUCCGGACUACAAGCUGUACGGAGAGACGGCCAUCGAGAGGACACAGAUCGACCACUGGCUCUCCUUCUCGCUGACCUGCGAGGACGACAUCUCGUGGGCCCUGUCCUUCCUGGACAAGUCCAUUGCCCCGGUAACCUACCUGGUGGCCAACAAGCUGACCAUCGCUGACUUUGCGCUGUUCAACGAGAUGCACUCGCGCUAUGAGUUCCUCGCCGCCAAGGGCAUUCCACAGCACGUGCAGCGUUGGUAUGACCUCAUCACCGCCCAGCCCCUGAUCCAGAAGGUUUUGCAAUCACUGCCAGAAGGAGCGAAGGUCAAGAGGAGCCCACAGGCCUCCAAGGAGCAGACGCCCGCCAAAACCGGCGAACGCAAGCAGGAGGGCAAGUUUGUGGACCUGCCUGGUGCCGAGAUGGGCAAGGUUGUGGUGCGCUUCCCGCCAGAGGCCUCCGGCUAUCUGCACAUUGGCCACGCCAAGGCGGCGCUGCUGAAUCAGUACUACGCCCUGGCCUUUCAGGGAACGCUCAUCAUGCGAUUCGAUGACACCAAUCCCGCCAAAGAGACCGUGGAGUUUGAGAACGUCAUCCUGGGCGAUCUGGAACAGCUGCAGAUCAAGCCUGACCUGUUUACGCACACCUCCAAUUACUUUGACCUGAUGCUCGACUACUGCGUUCAGCUGAUCAAGGAGAGCAAGGCCUAUGUGGAUGACACACCUCCGGAGCAAAUGAAGCUAGAGCGCGAACAACGCGUGGAGUCUGCCAAUCGUUCCAACUCCGUCGAGAAGAAUCUUGCCCUGUGGGAGGAGAUGGUCAAGGGCUCAGAGAAGGGUCAAAAGUACUGCGUGCGCGCCAAGAUCGACAUGACCUCGCCCAACGGCUGCAUGCGUGAUCCCACCAUCUAUCGCUGCAAGAACGAACCCCAUCCCCGCACAGGAACCAAAUACAAGGUGUACCCCACCUACGACUUUGCCUGCCCCAUUGUGGACGCUAUCGAGAAUGUGACCCACACCCUGCGCACCACUGAGUACCACGAUCGCGAUGAUCAGUUCUACUGGUUCAUUGAUGCUUUGAAGCUCAGGAAGCCGUACAUCUGGGAAUACAGUCGAUUGAACAUGACCAACACCGUGCUGUCCAAACGCAAACUCACCUGGUUUGUGGAAUCCGGUCUGGUUGACGGCUGGGAUGAUCCUCGCUUCCCAACGGUGCGCGGUAUCAUCCGUCGCGGCAUGACUGUGGAGGGAUUGAAGGAAUUCAUCAUUGCCCAGGGCAGCAGCAAAUCCGUGGUGUUCAUGAACUGGGAUAAGAUCUGGGCUUUCAACAAGAAGGUCAUCGAUCCGAUUGCUCCUCGUUACACUGCCUUGGAGAAGGAGAAGCGCGUUAUUGUUAAUGUGGCUGGCGCGAAGGUGGAGAGGAUCCAGGUGUCCGUGCAUCCCAAGGAUGAAUCAUUAGGCAAAAAGACCGUCCUGUUGGGUCCCCGCAUCUACAUCGACUACGUGGACGCCGAAGCCUUGAAGGAGGGCGAAAACGCCACCUUCAUCAACUGGGGCAACAUCCUGAUCAAGAAGGUGAACAAGGAUGCAUCUGGAAACAUCACCUCCAUCGAUGCUGCUCUCAACUUGGAGAACAAGGACUUCAAGAAGACCCUUAAGCUCACCUGGUUGGCUGUGGAAGACGAUGCCAGUGCCUAUCCACCCACCUUCUGCGUUUACUUCGACAACAUCAUCAGCAAAGCUGUUUUGGGCAAGGACGAGGACUUCAAGCAGUUCAUUGGCCACAAGACUCGUGAUGAGGUGGAAAUGCUGGGCGAUCCUGAACUGAAGAAGUUGAAGAAGGGCGAUAUUAUCCAGUUGCAGAGGCGCGGCUUCUUUAAGGUGGACAAUGCCUAUGCCCCGCCCAGUGGCUUCACGUCUGUGCCCUCGCCCAUUGUUUUGUUCUCCAUUCCUGAUGGUCACACGAAGGAUGUGCCCACCUCUGGUCUGAAAAUCAAUGCGCCGGAUGCCAAGACGACGAAAAAGGCAUCCUCACCUGUGUCUUCCGGCCAAGCUUCCGAAUUGGACAGUCAAAUUACCCAGCAAGGCGAUCUGGUCCGCGACCUGAAAUCCAAGAAAGCAGCCAAGGAUCAAAUCGAUGUUGCUGUGAAGAAGCUGCUCGCCCUGAAAGCUGAUUACAAAUCCGCCACAGGAAAGGACUGGAAGCCUGGACAAACUGCUGCUCCUGCUUCCGCUCCUUCCACCACGGCCAACGACGCCGUUUCGGUCAAUGCUAGCAUUGUUAAGCAGGGAGAUUUGGUCAGAGAUCUGAAGGGAAAGAAGGCUGGAAAACCGGAGAUCGACGCUGCUGUAAAGACGCUUCUCGAACUGAAGGCUCAGUACAAAACCAUUACCGGACAGGAUUGGAAACCGGGCACUGUUCCUCCCACUGCCGCUCCAGCUGCCUCACCUGCUGCCUCUGCCGCUGCCAACGAUUCGGUGGCCCAGAUUCUCAGCCAAAUCACUGCCCAGGGCGAUAAGGUGCGCGAGCUGAAGUCAGCUAAAGCCGAUAAGGCCACCGUUGAUGCUGCAGUCAAGACGCUGUUGAGCCUGAAGGCUGAUUACAAAACUGCCACCGGCAGUGACUGGAAGCCAGGUACCACAGCUCCUGCCCCAGCUGCAGCUGCUGUGAAAGUCAAGCAGGAGAAGAACCCGGAACCGGCUUCUAACCUAGCUGUAAGCACUUUACUGGACAAGAUCGCCCAGCAGGGUGAGAAGAUUCGCCAACUAAAGUCGGCGAAAUCUGAGAAAUCCCUUGUGGAUGCCGAAGUUAAGCUCUUGUUGGCACUAAAAACGGACUACAAAUCACUAACCGGUCAGGAGUGGAAGCCAGGCACUGUGGCACCCGUUUCCGCACCCGUUGCCGUUGUUGAUCUCACUGGUGGAGAUUCAGGCAGUGACGUUGCCGGUGUCUUGGGCAAGAUUCAGGCACAGGGCGAUAAGAUCAGGAAACUGAAGUCCGAGAAGGCAGCUAAGAACGUAAUCGAACCUGAGGUUAAGACUCUGCUGGCUCUCAAAGCUGAGUACAAAACGUUGAGUGGCAAGGAUUGGACCCCAGACGCUAAGGCUGAACCCGCUGUAGUCAAGAAGGAAGCCAGUCCCGUCGAGAUGGCAUCGCCAGCUAAGGAUGAACUCACCCAGGAGAUCAAUGCUCAAGGGGAGAAGGUACGUGCGGCCAAGGGCAACAAGGCAGCCAAGGAGGUGAUCGAUGCAGAAGUGGCCAAGUUAUUGGCUCUGAAGGCCAAGUACAAGGAGGUCACGGGCACCGAUUUCCCCGUCGCUGGUCGCGGUGGCGGCGGUGGAGGAGGAUCGGCCAUGAAGGCACCCAAGGAGGCGCAACCAAAGCCUGCAAAGCCGGCUAAAAAGGAGCCUGCUGCCGAUGCUUCCGGUGCUGUGAAAAAGCAGACCCGUCUUGGUCUGGAGGCCACCAAGGAGGAGAACCUGCCCGACUGGUACUCGCAGGUUAUCACCAAGGGUGAGAUGAUCGAGUACUACGACGUGUCUGGUUGCUACAUCCUGCGCCACUGGUCCUUCGCCAUCUGGAAGGCCAUUAAGACGUGGUUUGAUGCCGAGAUUACGCGCAUGGGUGUCAAGGAGUGCUACUUCCCCAUCUUCGUGUCCAAGGCUGUGCUGGAGAAGGAGAAGACGCACAUCGCGGACUUCGCUCCGGAAGUGGCCUGGGUCACCAAGUCCGGCGACUCCGAUUUGGCCGAGCCUAUUGCCGUGCGCCCCACCUCCGAGACCGUGAUGUACCCCGCCUACGCGAAGUGGAUUCAGUCCUACAGGGAUCUGCCGAUUCGUCUCAACCAGUGGAACAACGUUGUGCGCUGGGAAUUCAAGCAGCCUACGCCUUUCCUGCGCACCCGUGAGUUCCUGUGGCAGGAGGGACACACCGCCUUCGCUGGCAAGGAGGAGGCGGAUAAGGAAGUCCUGGAUAUCCUCGAUCUGUACGCUUUGGUGUAUACCCACCUGCUGGCCAUUCCCGUGGUCAAGGGCCGCAAGUCCGAGAAGGAGAAGUUCGCUGGCGGUGACUACACCACCACCGUGGAGGCAUUCAUCUCGGCUUCCGGGCGUGCCAUUCAGGGAGCUACCAGUCACCACUUGGGUCAGAACUUCUCCAAGAUGUUCGAGAUCGUGUACGAGGACCCCGAAACGCAGCAGAAGAAGUACGUUUACCAGAACUCCUGGGGCCUUACCACCCGCACCAUUGGCGUGAUGAUCAUGGUGCACGCGGACAACCAGGGUCUGGUUCUGCCCCCCCAUGUAGCCUGCAUCCAGGCCAUUGUGGUGCCCUGCGGCAUCACGGUGAACACCAAGGAUGACGAGCGGGCGCAGCUGUUGGAUGCUUGCAAGGCGCUCGAGAAGCGUUUGGUGGGCGGUGGAGUUAAGUGCGAAGGUGACUACCGGGACAACUACUCGCCCGGCUGGAAGUUCAACCACUGGGAACUGAAGGGAGUCCCGCUGCGCCUGGAGGUGGGUCCCAAGGACCUGAAGGCCCAGCAGCUGGUAGCCGUGCGUCGUGACACUGGCGAGAAGAUCACCAUACCGCUGGCCGACGUCGAGAAGAAGAUCCCUGCGCUGCUCGAGACAAUUCAUGAGAGCAUGCUUGCCAAGGCGCAGCAGGAUAUGGAUAGCCACACCAAAAAGGUGACCAACUGGGCCGACUUCUGCGGCUUCCUGGAGCAGAAGAACAUCCUGCUGGCCCCCUUUUGUGGCGAGAUCAGCUGCGAGGACAAGAUCAAGGCGGACAGCGCCCGCGGCGAAGAGGCUGAGCCAGGAGCUCCGGCCAUGGGCGCCAAGUCGCUGUGCAUCCCCUUCGACCAGCCAGCUCCCAUUACGGCCAGCGACAAGUGCAUCAACCCCGGCUGCACCAACAAGCCCAAGUUCUACACGCUCUUCGGACGAAGCUACUAAACUAAUGGGAGCUGGAAGGAAGCCUGGCUUCGCUGUUACUCCGAAUCAUAUUUUUAAAAGCGCAAGAAAACUCGAUUGGCUAGUUUCAAUGGACCUAUAAGUACUCUGAUUUUCAACGACCUUAAUAUUCAUUUUAAAUUGAUUAAAUACUAAAAGUUUAAUUUGAA